UUUUUUUUUCAGUUUGUGCUGCACCCGGGUGUAUUUUCGUUUUUCGUGUUUUUUUUGUUUUUUUUUGUUUUUUGUUGUUGUUUUAUGUGUUUUUGUUUCAAUCUCAUCUUCUUAUUCUCUUUCCCUAUGCGCGCGCGGCAAAAAAUCUAAAAAAAAAGUUAAAAAUUAAAAUUUUAUUUUUUUUUCAAAUUUUAACAUUUUUUUCUUUAUAGUUCCGGCUGGCUCAUCUUCAACGAGUACGGGAGCACUGCUGCUUGUUGGUCUCGUCAUGGAGGAUGGUUGCACUUGUGCAGUGGAACUGGAGUGCUCUACAUGGACAAUGGAGCAGAUGGUGUCUGGUGGUAGUCGGUGCGGUUUUAUUUUUUAAAAUUUUUGGGAGGCGGGAGGGCUUCCCUUUUAAGAAAUGUGGUGGUGGUUCUGCUACUGCUGCUGGUGGUCUUCUGCUGCUGUUCAUGAUGGUCCAAUGCGCAGAUGCUUCAUAAUCUGUUGAGAUGUGUUCAACGAUCUGGAGUGUUCUACAUGGACACUGGGGCAGAUGGAUGGUGGUAAUGGGAUGUGUUCAACGAUCUGGAGUGUUCUACAUGGACACUGGAGCAGAUGGAUGGUGGUAGUGGAUAUGCUGGUGUGGUUCUGCUGCUGAUGGUGGUCUUCUGUUGGUGUUGCCACUGCGUGCUGCUGCUUCUGGCUGGUUGGUGUUGUUCUUCAAUUGAGAAAGUAAGUUUCCAAAAAAUCAUAAAAAAAAAAUAAAAAAUUGCACGC